AUGGCGAUCGUGAGUACUUGCAACCGAAUUCAAAAUGUGAGUGCAACCCACUCGCCAGCAACUGCACCGAAAUACCAGACCUUGCUUGAUAGUUUGGAAAGGGUCUGCGCCAUGAAAGUCAACAGUCAUGAGGGCACCAGCUAUAUUCUGCUGGUUCGUGACGCAACGGACCCCUUCAACCGACAGCCCCUUGAAAUGGCAAUGGUUGAACCCGCUACAGAACUGAAGGCACAAAUCGAUGCCUGGUUGAAAAGCCGUCGAGAACAACGCCAGAAGGCUACGCAGUAA